UAACUCUGGUAACUCUGGUAACUCUAGAAACUCUGGUAACUCUGGUAACUCUACUAACUCUAGUUACUCUGGUAACUCUAUUAACUCUAGUAACUCUGGUAACUCUGGUAACUCUAGUAACUCUGGUAACUCUGGUAACUCUGGUUACCAGGUCCAGGUCCAGUCAGAGGUGUGUAACUUGUCUCAGGUGUGUAACUUGUCUNUGUCUCAGGUGUGUAACUUGUCUCAGGACGUCCCAGAUGAAUUGUGGGAGCUGUUGGAGUUGGAGAAGUUGAACUUGUCUCUGAACAGUCUGAAGGUUCUUCCUCCUCAGCUCGCUCUGCUCUCAAACCUGGUUGUUCUCAACCUGUGGGGGAACCAGUUGAGCAGUCUGCCGUCAGAGAUCGGUCAGUUGAGGAGACUCCGAGUUUUAUUUGCCUACAGAAACAGACUCACUGAAGUUCCUGAGGAGCUGGGAGCAUGCACACAACUGGAGGUGCUGAGUUUAGCCAACAACCAGCUGUCCUCGCUGCCAGUGUCUCUGUCCAAUCUGACCCGACUCAGGAAACUCAACCUCAGCCAUAACCACAUUGCUCACAUCCCGGGCUGCGUCUACAACAUGAAGGCACUGGUGUUCCUACAUCUGGCCUCUAACCAUCUGGAGAACCUGGCAGAGAACAUCCAGGCUCUGGUGGAACUUAAGAUCCUCAUUGUGGAAGGAAACAGCCUCCACUCACUGCCAAAGGCCCUCUGCUGCCUGACCAGGUAA